GACAUAGUUCAGUCCAUUGCGAACUCAGGAUCAUCCUACAUCUCAUCUCUUCAACAUCUGUGUCAUAAUAUGACAGUGAAUUGUAAUUUUUGACUGAUUUUAUAUUGAAUUUGCAACGGGUACCAAUCUAUUUUUUAGAUUUUAAGUGAUUUAUGUUGAUUCGAGUCACGUAUAUUUUUGAGUGAACGUCGAAGUGCCAAUUAUGAGGGAAAAUGUUUGAAUUGACAACUGACAUCUGCCGAAACGGCACCCUCAGUUCACCCAGCAACAACCGGACCGCAGAUAUAAUGAGACAACGGAAAAAUGGAGGGAUUAAAUCUACUGAGAGCAUUUCAGCCUCUGAGGAGAGACUCAAGUUUGAAGACGCUAGAUUCCUCACAUCCUUCGUACUUGGUCGGACUAGGAUAAUCUCGCCGGACGUUCUGCCGUCGUGUUCACCAGGAAUAUUCCGUCAGAAGUCAUCCCUCGGUGUGUCUCAGGGCAGUGAAAUAGCGAGCAACAGUCACCCGAAGAAAUCCCACAUAAAUUCAAGCGUAAAUAAAAAAUCAUACACGAGUAAAAAUUGGCUGUCGCGCAGAGUGGGUGGAGUUGAUGGUAACGGUGGUGGUCUCCUCAAUUGGGGUACCAGAAACACCGGCAAACCAACACUUUUAGGUACAUCACUGACCAACAAAAUGGCGUCAUCUAGCACAACAGCGGUACCACAGGGCUGGCCCAAUACCAAAGACGACUACGAACUCAAGGAGGUUAUCGGCGUCGGUGCGACAGCUGUAGUUCACGCUGCUUUUUGUAUUCCACGUCAGGAGAAAUGUGCUAUCAAGCGUAUAAAUCUGGAAAAAUGGAAUACGAGUAUGGACGAGCUUCUGAAGGAGAUCCAGGCGAUGUCCUCCUGCAAUCACGAGAAUGUUGUCACGUAUUACACGUCUUUUGUGGUGAAGGAGGAACUCUGGCUUGUAUUGAGACUGCUCGAGGGUGGAUCAUUACUCGAUAUUAUUAAACAUAAAACGAGAACUACCAAUUGUAAACAUGGGGUUUUCGAUGAAGCCACUAUUGCCACGGUACUUCGGGAGGUACUCAAGGGGCUUGAGUAUUUUCACAGUAAUGGACAGAUACACAGGGAUAUUAAAGCCGGAAAUAUUCUCCUGGGUGAAGAUGGAACAGUUCAAAUAGCAGAUUUUGGUGUGAGUGCCUGGUUAGCAACAGGACGUGACCUGAGCAGGCAAAAAGUCCGUCACACAUUCGUUGGCACGCCCUGCUGGAUGGCGCCCGAGGUCAUGGAGCAGGUGAGGGAGGAUCAUGGUUACGAUUUCAAAGCUGACAUAUGGUCCCUCGGUAUCACUGCCAUUGAAAUGGCAAGUGGCACUGCUCCUUAUCACAAGUAUCCACCGAUGAAGGUACUCAUGCUGACACUACAGAAUGAUCCACCGACCUUGGAUACUGCUGCUGAUGAUAAGGAUCAGUACAAAGCUUAUGGCAAGACUUUCAGGAAAAUGAUUGUCGAUUGCUUGCAGAAGGAUCCAACGAAAAGACCGACUGCAACAGAAUUGCUGAAACAUCCGUUCUUCAAAAAGGCGAAGGACAAGAAAUAUCUCCAGCAAACGCUCGUGGCUAUUGGACCGAGUCUAGAGACUAGAGUACAAAAGGCAUCGAAGCGACAACCUGGAACAUCCGGUCGCCUUCACAGAACUGUCACAGGAGAGUGGGUGUGGUCCUCGGAGGAGGAGGACAGUGGUGCAUCCAGUGGUGAUGAAGGCAAGGAGGCCCUGCCUGUCAACACUAUAGACAACGUCUCCAGUGAAGAGGAACAGGUUGAUCAGGAGGAUGCCGAUGGCCUCGUCAAAUCAGCUGCCAGUCGACUCGUCAUACAGUCGUCAGAGCAGAACGAGCCCAUUAAUUUGGUACUGAGACUGCGCAACCAGAAGAGAGAACUCAACGACAUUAGGUUCGAAUUUGCCGUUGGAAUAGAUUCAGCUGAAGGAAUUUCAGCUGAGCUAGUUGGUGCUGGUCUAGUCGAUGGCAAAGACGUCGUGGUCAUAGCUGCUAAUUUGCAAAAACUCAUCGACAGCGCUGGCCAACUGCGCACAGUCACAUUUCCCCUGAACUCUGGUUAUGCUGCCAACGAAGUGCCGGACGACAAAGCACUGAUUGGCUUCGCUCAGAUCUCCGUAACAGACUAGGCCCUUUACUUUCUCUUUUUUCAUUAUUUUCAAAAAUAUUCUGAAUUCUCAGAAUAAUAUUCAUGCGAUUACGGAUGGAAGAGGUAUGAACUGUUUUAGUUUUUUUUUAAAUAAUCAUCUGAAUUUCGGUAGUAUUAUGGAUGAAAUAUGAGUUGUGGUGGAUAAAAGUUGCAAUUGAGAGAAAAAAAAAUGAAUCUGCUCGUACCAAAUUAAUUGUUCAGUAUUUUCCUAUCGUGGAAUUAUACCGAUAUCAUAGUUUCAACUACAGGGCAUGAAGUAUCCAAGACUCGUUAUUACUGUAUUACAGUAAUGAAAA